CAGUGCGCGAAAUGGUAAUAUUAAUUGCGUUUACAAUAUUUGCCGAGGGAAGAAAAAUAAUUGACCUGAGUAAAACCUGAAAAUGAGCAUAUUUGGGGCAAAUAAUUCAUUUGGCAAUACAGCUUCCACCAAUUCCAAUGCAAUGAAGGAUAUUGAGGUCGCAUCACCUCCUGAUGACAGCGUCAGCUGUCUUAAGUUCAGUCCAGGGACAAUGGUUCAGACCUUCCUUGUAGCAGGUAGCUGGGAUAACAAUAUUCGGUGUUGGGAGGUGCAGCAGACCGGACAGACAGUCCCUAAGGCCCAGCAGACACACCAGGGACCAAUCCUUGACUGUGACUGGAGUGAUGAUGGAACAAAAGUAUUCACAGCUUCAUGUGACAAGACAGCAAAAAUGUGGGAUUUGAAUAGUAACCAGGCCAUACAGAUUGCACAGCAUGAUGCCCCCAUCAAAACUAUCCAUCACAUCAAGGCACCCAACUACAGCUGUGUAAUGACAGGCAGCUGGGACAAAACUCUAAAGUUUUGGGACACCCGACAGCCUACUCCUAUUGACUCGAUACAGUUACCAGAGAGAUGCUACUGUGCUGAUGUGAAAUACCCAAUGGCUGUGGUUGGAACUGCUGAGAGAGGGCUUAUUGUUUACCAGCUAGAGAACAGACCUCAAGAAUUCAGCCGCAUCGAGUCACCAUUGAAAUUUCAGCAUCGAUGUUUGAGUAUUUUUGCCGACAAGAAAACAAAUGCUCCUACAGGAUUUGCCUUGGGAAGCAUUGAGGGAAGGGUAGCAAUACAUUACAUCAACCCGACAAGUCCUAAAGAUAACUUCACCUUCAAAUGUCACCGGUCCAAUGGAACCACCAACGGCAUGCAGGAUAUUUACACGGUGAAUGACAUUUCAUUCCAUCCUACCCACGGCACACUGGCGACGGUUGGAUCCGAUUGUAGAUUUAGUUUCUGGGACAAAGAUGCACGUACAAAACUCAAGACUUCUGAACAGUUUGAUCAGCCAUUAACUGCUUGUAACUUCAAUGCACAGGGGAAUGUGUUUGCCUAUGCAACAAGUUACGACUGGUCAAAGGGCCAUGAGGGAUUUGAUCCACAGAAGAAACCUCAUAUCUUUUUGCGGCCAGGAUUUGAUGACCUUAAGCCCAGCAUGAAGAAAUCAUAAGGAUAAUUGUGUAUGAAGUAAAUGAAACCUUGACAUUUGUUGGCAUAAAGACACUUCAUUAAGGAUUUAAAUUUUACGAAGUGCUGUUGUGCAGACAUUAUGAUUUGUAUGUACAUGUAUGUACUUUUGUAUGUAUAUACCUGGUAUAUGUGAAUGGAAUUUCCAGAUUUACUUUUCAAUUAUUCUUUUUGAAAGCAUCAUGAAUAUGAAUUCUUUGGUAAAUUAUCUGUUAAAAUUGUAAAAAUCACUCGCUAUAUUCGUCACAGAAAAAAACCAAUGCAAUACAUAUAGGAGCACAAAAAAAACAACAUUUGUUUAAUAAAUGUCAUUUUUGUCUUGCCUGUGAUUAAUUUCUAAAAAUGAGAUUAUGAUGUUAAUUUUUGGCAACAAAGGUGUAAGCAUUGUCAAUACAAUUUGUAUUUCACUGUGAAGUCUUGUAUUUAGAUCCCUUGCUGAAAAGUUUAUGUCCAACUUUACCCAAACUUGGUAUAUAGUUCAAUCACAUUUACUGAGUAUCAUCCAAAAUAUAUGGUCCAGUGACUCUGAAAAUGAGUGAUGCUGGGAAUGUAGACUUAGUUUGUGUUGAGCACAGUAACUGUAUAAUUACUGUCAGUUUCAUUUCAACCAAACUUUGAAUAUAGUUGUAUUGUAGUAUGGGUCAACAUUCCCAAUAUAUUUAAAAUGUGAAUUUCAUUUUUUUUUGGUUUUGGAAAUAAUCAAGAAAUUUUAGUGAAUUUUGGAGUUUACUUUUAAUACUGACAAAGCAGGACAGGCAAAGCAUAAGAUUACCUGUAAUUCUUGUUGUUUGUACUCUAGAAGCUUCAUAACUUUGGUAUUUUAAAUUAUAUUGUGCUAUUUACAGAAAUUUUAGAAGCUGAAUGAUAUGUUGUAUGAUCUGUAAAACUGAGAAUUCCAAGUAUUUUCAUUACAAACCCAAGAACAUGGCUCUCAAGACCUAACUACAAUCUCACUCCUUUAAUCAGGAAAAACGUAUUAGCUGCAUUUAAGAGAUUUGCUCUCUGUUUGUUAUAAAUAUAGAUAUACAUCGUGUAGUAAUAUCAGUAAGACAAGUACAAACAAUUUACAUGUCUGUACUGUAGUCAUUACUACAUGACCAACUAUCUAUUUUUAAUAGUACAUCCAGCAAUCAUUGUUAGAAUAAAGUACCUAUAUUGGACCAUACUGUCGGUAUUACUUACUAGACCAUAAAUAUAUAAACAAAACAAAAAAUCAAACCAGCAGAUAAUCACAAUUUGUAUCUCAUAAACCAAUAUAUAUUCCUGCCAACUGAUAUUGGUAAGGACACUCCGGAUGGGGAGCUGCUUUCUUGGUCUAGUCCGGUUAUCGUGUAUGUGUUUGUAAAUAUAUUUGCCAUUUCACAUAAGUCUAUUGAACAUGUUUAAUCUUUAUAAUUGACAUGGAUACCAGUGAUUACAACAAUUGUACAAGUUUACAAUACAAUAUCUGUAUAUAUAUAUAUAUACUGCAGGUGUUUCUGUGCUGUUUUCUGCAAGUUGUUUAUCAAUGUAUAUAUUGUACACUGUACUUGUGGAUAUAUUAUUGAUUAAACAAUUAAGUAACAUG